AGGAGGGGGGAGCGUUCACACGGUUCGGAUUGCGUGAACGCCAUGAACGCUGUGAACGUGACGGACGAUCGUACGGCAGGUAUGGACGCGCGCGCGGCCGCACGCAUGCAGGUGUUCGCUGUAUACACGCAUAGCGCACGCACACACAUACGCCUACCACCUCACACCUCCCUGCGACCCGCGACUCCCUCCAUCGCCUCGAUGUCCCCCCGAGUCCCGCCCGCCCUCUACCCACCUCUACCAUCGCCUAGCCGUUGUGUUCCCAAUGCCCCGAUGUCGUACACCUUGAUUUCGUGAUUCGUCGCGCACCUCUUCGGCUCGCGCGGGCAUGAGACAGGCCGCAUCACCUCAGUCAUGAGUUCCGAAGAUAAUACAACUGAUACAACUGACAAUGCGGCGGCGGCAGCAGCUGAUUCCUUUGGCGUAGCUGCACAAACGAAUUGGGUCCAAUUUGAGGAAGAGACAGAUUCGAAAGAAGCUACCAAUGUCGAAAAAAAAGCCGGCAACAGUAGCGCGCCCGCUGUAAUAAAGCCCGAGUCGGUUACUGUACAGGUCGACAAAAUCGGCAAAAGUAUUGACCCACCUGAUAUUAAUAAUAAGAAAACCAAUGAGUACAGAGGUGCUGUGAUAGCAACCGAAUCCGUCCAGAUUAACUUAGAUAGAUCAGGUUUAAGUCGUUCUAUCACGUCCGAGACUCCGGAUCUUAAAUUACCGUCUGACGUUCGAACGUCAGAAGUCAAGAGCGCUUCUUUGAAGACCAUCGACCUGAGGGAUGUGUCGAAUGGGAGAAAUGCACCGAGUAACGUUAUUAGUACGUCGAUUGGAAACAUCAGACAAGGUUUUGCCAAUGGCGAUACCAUAGUUACUCUUCUGCCGGUAAAUACUAAGUGGCCGUGGAUUACUCCGGCCAGAUUCAGACCGGAAUUGGUGCCAGAAGAAUUGAUGGCACAAGGAUUAACCCUUACAGUAGAAGAUUAUGUUCACAUAAUGGAAUUACUUGUGAACGAUGUACGCUUCAAUAUGUAUAACAUAUGCUACAAGAGGAUUCUCGUCCUUUGGAUAUUUACCGCCUUCGUUGUGCUGCUUGGUUUAUUGUUCUCCGGUGUGACUGGCCUCACUUUAUUCGGACUGGGUGUUAUGUGGUUAAUCCUGAAUGCAGCUGCAAUAUUCUUCUGCAUGUUUAUCAAAAUAAAGCUCAAUCACAACCUUGAGAAAUGUAUGGCUCAAGUUAACAAACAUUUAUUAAGACAUAAAAUAUUAUUGGGAUUAGAUGAUAGAGGGAAAAUCUCCUGCCACAAAGUUAAUCUGUGUUUCAUAUAUUUUGACACUACGGAUUGCGUUAAAAAGCUGCAAGAAGUAAUAGAACGGGAAGAACGCGAAGGUAGAAUAAUUGGUGGCGAUGAUGCAAACGAUAUAAAUCGACAACGAGAAUUACAGCAACGUAUGGACAUUGACGAUAGUGACAUUGUUAUACAAGGCAGCACCACUACAAGAAUCUCUCGUAAACAGGAACGGGCGGAGUUGCUGUUGCUGAGGUAUGCGUCUCGAUGGGCACGUCACUUCGUGCGUCGCAGACUUGAUCUGGUUAUAGACUCGCAGGAACGUGAUAGAGGUAUUAUGGGUCUGUCUGUUCCACCGCGCCAUUGUGUCUCCGCCCGUUGCCCUUGUCAAUUCAUUGAGGACCAUCUCAAACACAAGCCGAGAGCCGGACGGAAGAUGAUGAAUCUCAAUAUAUUACCUCAUCCGCAUAUCAUCAGCACGUAAUAAUAAUUUCUAAUAUUAUGGUAUCCACCAGGAUUUACAUGGUGUGCCUACCUUAGUGAACCUGUGACCCGAUUUGACAUGGUACCAAGUUUUUCCCAUUAAAUAGUUUCAGUUUUUACAGAUCAUAUUGAUACAAAAGCGUUCGAAUUUAUAUAUAGACAGAUGAGCUAUAUAUCAAAAUAAGAUAUACCGUUACAUGUACAGAGAAAGCUAUUUACACGUUAAUUUAAUUACAUAUCUUUUUAUUCGCGCAUUUGUUUAGAAUAGUAUUAGUUAUUUAAGCGAAAAUUAUCUGU